AUGCAUCGAUCAUCAGAGAUGGGCAGUAUCGUGAUACCUGUAUCAAUUGAUCCUUUUGAAUCGGUAUUGCCUUCGCUGCUCAAUGAAAGUAUCACUGUAGGUAUUGCUAGGACCUUUUCUGAAAGAGAACUUUGGAAGGCCAAAGAAUAUGGAAUUAGUGUCCCUCUAGCACAAGAAUACACCAAAGAUGAGGAGCUAAGAGAAUUCUAUGGCUGUGACCAGGACAACUCUGAAGAUGAUUUUAACCAGAAACAAGUAAACUUGGAGGUGCUCUUCAACGACACAUACGCUGAUUCCAUUCCGAUAGUCAUCAACCUCAUCAGUAAUGCCAUAUUAAGAUCGUUUGGUGAGAAGGAUAUGAUCAAUACAUCGUCUCAGUCUCUACCAGCCGUCAGAGGGGCACUAAAAUUUGAUGCCACAACAUUUACAGCACCUAUGAUGAUUGGUCUUACCUUCACCAUUAUUUCUGCUGGGCUUGGCAUUGAAUGUGUGUAUGACAGAGAGAUCAUGGCCAGAAGCAUCCUCAGACUGAAUGGUGUAGGAUUCAACUCUUACUUCAUGUCGUACUUCGUCGUGUUGGGUGCCAUAUACAUGGUGUCUUACCUGGGUCUACUCAUCGUCAUCGCUGCAUUUCAAGUGCCAUCACUCAUUAUACCACAAGCCUUUGCUGCCAUUGCUAUCUUGUACUUGCUGUACAUACCAUGCUCCUUACUCUACUCUGUGGUCUUCUGCUACAUUUUUGAUAAAUCAGAAACUGCCAGACAGUUUUAUCCAAAUAUGUGCACUACAGUAGGAAUGGUGGCUUAUACUAUUGUGUCUCUUGUUGACAUAUUGGUGGUAGGGAUUGACAAAGACAAUAAAUCUAGCCUUAUAGUGCAUACAGUUUUCACUGUAGUGUUACCUAAUUAUAUACCAUUUGGCCUUAUGUAUUUUAUAAAUAAGGUUUACAUUGACUGUUCAGUCAAAGGUAACUGUGGUGAUCUUACAUUUGACAACUACUUUACACCAGAGAUAGUUGUUCUUUUUGUGGUAGUUUUGAUAGACAUUCCUUUCUAUUAUAUCCUCUUGAGAAUUGCAGAUACACUCAAGUUUGGGGGCAGCUGGCGUGAAGCUCUGUGGAUGAAGGAAUCAAAAGUAGGAACUGUGAAUGAGAUUAAUGAGCAAGGGAUUGAUGCUCCAGCGGGUGAAGAUGAUGAUGUAAAGGAGGAACGUACAAAUGUUGCCGCUGCCAUGAGAGAUGGUGAUAGGUCUUCUCCAGUGCUCAUUUAUGACCUUGGAAAAGUAUUCAACAAAGGAACGGCAGAACAAAGAAAUAGUUGCAAGAAGAAGAAAGCUGAAGCAGAAUUUGUUGCUCUCAAGAGUGUGUCUUUAAAGGUGAAAGCUGGAGAAGUGUUUGGUCUUUUGGGUCCAAACGGCGCUGGCAAAACCACUUGUCUGCGAGUCAUGACGGCUGAGAAAGAAAAAGUUCAAAUAUGUGGUGAGGACGUGUCAUCCAGCAUCUCCAGUGCAUUUGCAGCGAUGGGUUAUUGUCCUCAGCAUGACGCACUCUGGAGGAACCUAACUGUGGCCGAGCACAUAGAGGUGUUUGCAGAAAUUCGAGGAGUUCACAAAGACCAAGUUAAACCGUUGAUUGACACUUACCUGCAGGGCCUUGAGAUAGAGGAACACAGAAAGAAAAUGGUCAAGGCUUGUUCAGGUGGAACAAAGCGCAAGUUAAGUUACAUCCUCAGUAUGUUGGGUUGUCCACAAGUGGUGCUCUUGGAUGAACCAUCUACUGGAAUGGACCCACAGUCUAAACGCUUUUUAUGGAACUCAAUUCUGGCAUCUUUUAAGGGAGACAGAAGUGCCAUCUUAACAACCCAUUCAAUGGAGGAGGCUGAUGCUCUUUGUUCUAGAAUUGGGAUCUUAGUGAAGGGUGGUAUGAGGUGUGUAGGAGCCAUUCAACAUUUGAAGAACAAGUAUGGAGGGGGAUACACUGUGGAAAUGAAAUUGAAGUGUGAUGCCACAAAUGUUGAAGAAGUUAACUCACCAUCAUCUGGUUCAUCUGUGGAAUUAAUGAAUGACGUUACUGCCAUGCUGAAGGAGGUAUUCCCAAGAGGAGUCCUAGAUGAACAGUUUGGGGAGCGCAUCAUCUAUAAAGUACCCCAGGAUGACAUCUCAAGUCUAUCAAAAUGCUUUGAGAUGCUGGAGAAGGCAAAAGCAGAUGGACUUGUGGAAGAAUAUGCUCUAAGUCAGACGACCUUGGAACAAGUGUUUUUAAAGUUUGCCCGUCAGCAAGAGUUUGAAGAUGAUGACGAGGAAGUAAGCACACCACAAACUUCACUUUCAACUACUCAUUUAUAGAGAUAAUUUGUUGGUAAGAAACGUCUGGUUUUUAUACUGAAGGCAUUUUCAGCUGCUGAGGUAAUAUGUAGUACAGUGGUCCCUCGGUUAAUGAACACAAUUCGUUCCAGAAGGUCGAUCAUUAAGUGAAUCCAUUGUUUCAAUGGGAUAUUGGGUAAUUGGUUCCAGCUCACCGAAUGGUACAUACAAAGUAAUAAAAAGAA